GGCGCCUCGAGGGAAGAGCGCGCUUCGUGUGCCCCGUGCCGCCUGCGACAGCAGCACCAGCAGCGCCGCCCUUCGGCACAAACAAGACGACGAAUCCACGGCUUGUUUUUCAGUUCGUCUUCUUCUUCUUCGUGUUUUUAACGUCUUUCUCUCGCUCGUCCGCUACCAGCGUGGGAUCUCGUUUUCGGAACCAAGUUGCAGCUUUUCUGUUUGCCAGGGGGAAAUCCGAAGAACACUCACGACGGGGCUUGUGCCUGUCUAGCUGCCCCCCCCCCCAGACUGCAGUGGGCCCCGCACGGCUCGGCCAGCAUCAGCGAGGCAUGGAGGCUCGGCUGCGCAGGUCUCUGAGCGAGCACGUGAGGAGUUCCACCUGCAGGGCGCGACACCUCCUCUGGAGGAACCUGCGGGAGAAGCGGCUGGCAGAAAUCGAGCUGAGGGCAGCCUGCGAUUGGUUAUGCGCUGCAGGAUUCCCGCAGUAUGCUCAGCUCUAUAGAGAUCUUCGUUGUCCCAUAGACAUAUCCGCGGUGCACAAGGACCACGCGUAUCUGGACCAAGAUUCGUUUGAAUCUCUGUGUAGUCGAUUGAUGAUACUUAACAAGUGUGCGUUGAUGAAGGUGGAUGUUGGUUCUUCUAAAAAUAAGGGCGACGACUCUGACGAUGACGAGAAAUGCGCCAUCAGCGAAAAGUGGGUCUUUGACGCAACCAGCCGCAAGUGGGUGCCCGUCGAGGACUUCCAGGAGAUGAGGGGACCCUGGCUCGUGAGAGGCACGAAGAGCAGCAAUGGCAGCUCGGAGACGGUGUCCUCCAGCAUGAGCACGCAGCAGAGCGCCGCCACGUCGGUCCUCGACGAGCUCGAGAGCGUCGAGGACGUCGAGGGGACGCGCACGCCCCGCCCGGAGACGGCGACGCAGCCCCUCGUCGCCGUGGAGCACGACGAGGACGGGGCGAGGUCGUCCUGCCGGAGCUCGCCGUCGGCUCUGCCCGCGGAUCGGUGUGCCGGGGAUCGCCAGCGUGCGAGCGGCAGGGCGUGCUCGACUGACGAGGACGGCGGUCCGUCGGUGGCCAAGGGGUUUCUGAAACGAGUGGAGAACUUGAGUUUGAAAAGACACUCGAAACGCAAAGCGGCAGCCACCAAAGAGAGGCUGCAGAUCAGCGGUCCGCUUUUGCAAGCCGGUGCCAAUGGCGAGCAUAUAAAACUAACCUCCUGUUCCUGCAAGGGCAAUGGUUCAUUGAAAAUUACGAGCAAUGGGCCCCUUGUGAAUGGUACCUCAAGCGGCGAUAAGGAUGAUCUUGUGCUGUCACCAAGCAAAAUAAUCACAUCCACCCCCAACUGUUGCGACGCGACGGAUCAUUCUUGCGGCCCAAACAAAACGCAUGUAAAUUCACUCAAAAGCAAGGCUGACAAUUGCUUUUUAAUUAGAAAUCAGAUCUUUCAGCUUCCUCAAGAUUACAAGCCUGGCACCUUCCCCCGCGUGCUGCUGUGCAAGGGCUUUCAUCCCAACAGCUGCAUGGACGAUGACGUCAACUGGCGCACGGGGAGCUUCCACCUGCGCGGCAAGAGCAGGGUGUCGUCGGAAGACCGAGGCGGCGGCCACGGCGAUGCUCGGGGCUACAAGGGCCUCGUGACGAGCGCGAGCGCCGACAGCCUGGUGGUCAACCGCCGCUUGCAGGACUGCGACCCGCUCGAGAGGCGAAUCAGCCUGUACGACAACGUGCCCUUCACCCAGCUGCCACCCGUCCGGCGCAGGAGCGCAGAGCCCUCGGUUCCCGGGCAGUCGGGGGAAAAGGCGCCGGCUCGGGCCGGAGGGCCGGACCUGCCGUGCGACGUCGACUUCACGAACCUGGACGACGUGAUCGAGCACGUGAUCGGCGUCCAGCGGACGGUCAGCCUGUGGUCCCAGCAGAUGUGGCGGGACCUGCAGGGGCCCCCCGAGGACUCGUCGGGCAAAGAGCCGUCGUCGCUCUCUGUCGAGUCGACGAGCUCGGAGAGCGCAUCCUCCGCUGCGGGGAGCGAGGGGCGACCGUUCGCGGUCGUGGACGGUUCUGGGGAAGCGACCGCGCGGACGGAGGCCAACGGGAGCCCGACCGAGGAGCAGGAGUCGCCCACAGAGCCCAGCAGCCCGGGGGAUCUCGACGGAGCGCUGCCCCUUCUGCACAAGGCCCUGCACGUCACGUCCGUGCCACUGCAGAGCCUGUCCGUGCUGCAACUGCGUGCCCUGCAGACGCUGUCGCUGCUGAAGCUCACCGCUCUCCUGGAGAAAUACUCUCCCUCCAACAAACUCGGCUGGAACUGGGCUGUGCCCAGCUUCAUGAAGAGAAUUAAGAUGCCCGACUCGAGGGAGGUGAACGUCUUUGGGGCCCCCCUGCUGGCGAAUGCCCAGCGCACGGGCCGCAGCCUCCCGCCCGGCAUCCAGGAGGCCGUCACAUUUCUCGCCCAGCACGGCUGCGACCAGGUUGGCCUGUUCCGCAAGUCGGGCGUCAAGUCGCGCAUCCAGGCGCUGCGCGACGCCAACGAGGCGUGCCGCCAGGGCGUCACGUACGAGGGCCACUCUCCCUACGACGUCGCCGACCUCCUCAAGCAGUACUUCCGCGACCUCCCCGAGCCGCUGCUCACCAGCCGCCUGUCCGACUCGGUGCUGCUCCUCUACCAGUUCGUGCCGAAGGAGCAGCGUCUGCAGGGCCUGCAGGCGGCCGUGCUGCUGGCGCCGCAGGAGAACCGGCAGGCGCUGCAGGCGCUGCUGCACUUCCUCGGGCGGGUGGUGGAGCGCUCGCACGAGAACCAGAUGACGGCGGCAAAUCUCUCCGUGUGCCUGGCGCCCUCCAUCUUCCACCUCACCACCCUCAAGCGCUGGAGGCUCAUCCUCCAGGUGCAAGCGGCCACCCAGAGGCUCCAUUCCCUCGCUUCAUCCAGCCCUCGGACUUUCCCCCCAGAAUCCUCGCUUUCUCGAGCUUCGUCCACUCAAUCCCUGCAGAGGAAGCCAAGCCUGGGCAAGCCCGACCUGAAGGAGCUGAGUGAGAACCUGGCAGCCUCUCAAGCGUUGGCACACAUGAUCAGCAAGUACAACAAUCUCUUCCAGGUGCCCGUGGAGAUGCUGUGGAGGUGCGGCGCGAUGAAUGCGGAUGAGGGCUGGGCGGCUCCCGGCACCUCCGAGCUGCGGCUGGCCGAGGGCGGACGCCCGGGCCUGAGUGAUCUCCUGGAUGGACGCGUGCUGGAGCUUCUGAGAGAGGCUCGCGAUAAGUUCCGCGGGUGGACAGCCGUCCCUGACUGCGAUCUGGCUGAGCUCGCCUACAAGAAGAUCGAGGACGGGAGUCCUCUCAGGCCGUGGAAGGCGUGCGUAGAGGUCGGAGCUCCGGCCUGUGAGGUCCUGCACCGAGUCCUCCGGGAACGGAACCUUUGGGACCCCGAUCUCCUGGGGGAGAGCAUCCUGGAAUCGCUGGACGACCAGACAGAAAUUUACCAGAUCGUUCAGGAUGCUACGCCCCUGUUUUCCAAGCGUGACUACGUGCUGCUCAGGACGUGGCGGACAGAUCUUCCCAAGGGCUGCUGUGCUCUCACAGCCGUGUCCGUGCAACACGCGCUCGACAGCGCCGCCGACACGGUGCGCGCCCUGGUGCUCGACUCGCGCUACCUGGUCGAGCCCUGCGGCGCCGGGCGCUCGAAGCUCACCCACGUCUGCAGGACGGACGUCAGGGGCCGCUCCCCCGACUGGUACAGGCGAGUGUUCGGACUGCGGUGUGCGGCCAAGGUGGCGAGGAUCCGCAGCUCCUUCCAGCCGCCAUCUCCGACCAAGCUGUAGUGCCGCGUGCCCACGCGGACGACAUCGCCGUCAUCUUAAACUCCACAGUGCCACUUGCUCGUGCUUUUCGUCCACCUCUUGCCCAUUAUAACGCUUUGCCUUAUGUCAAAUAGGUAUUAAAAACAAUAGGCACCGCUGGUGUAUGGGCAUUGCUUACACCUCGUGUUUAUUUGGCCGACUUAGCACAAGGUAUUGUGUACUUUAAUGCAUCUUUAUGGGUCUAAAGCCAUAGUAUUUUUGUCCUUUAGGACUCUGCUGCUCUGGUGUUAAGUCGGUUGAUAGACAUGAAUAAUAAGCAGUAAUGGUGGGUUCACACUGGAUCACUUAACGUACAGAACGCAACGGCCACCUAAGUCUCGCUGGAGUGACGUAAAGUUAACAUGCUGCUCUCGUCGCUGGGUUGAAUUUAGAAAAAGGUGCAGAAAGCAGCAGCCUAUCAGGAGUCGGUGGAGUAGAUGGGGACACGCCAAGAGCAAUUGUCACACACCACGUGACACACCGGGUUACCCAAACAUUCAAUAAAGCUCCACUGUGGUGAUGUGACCACAGUUUCCUUGUCGCAAAGCACAUGGCAUCUACUUUACGCAUGCCGAAAGUCCAGUGUGAACCGUCACCCAUAGCAAAAGCAAGAAUAAUACUUUCUUAGAAGAGUGAACCAUGGCCCCACAUUCCACUGCAGCUUCCAAUUGGACCUGUGCGUGAGGUAGCUGUCACAGAGUAGACCUCAAUUCCAGUCCUCUGAACUCUUACCACCUGCUAGAUAUAGUGUCUCUUGUUAUCCAGUCUUUUGGGUCAUAAACAUGUGGCAAAUGGUCAUGUGAAUGAGCUAAUGUGUUGAUUCAUAAACAUGGAAUUGUGGAAUCAUCGAAUGGUGUGAAAUUGCGAUUUAAUGGGCAAUGUGGUGUUCCCUCGUCAAGACAGAUACAGCUUGCACCACGCACAAAGGCUUCCCAUCUUUGUUUUCUUCUUCACACGUAAAUAAGUGAUGUAGCAUAAAAGCAUCAAUACAUCACAUUGCAUUUAUUUAGCAUUUCCACUCAGAUAUACAAUACGUUAGUCACAAACGUCAGGAGUUUAACAAACUAAAAUAGCAUGAAUUUAUAAUAAAGAAAAAUAUGCCAUGACAUACAGCUUCUAAGACGUACCAUGCUCUUGUUAUUCGUGUAGAUUUAUGCAAGUAUUUUUUUAUACCUUAAAGGAAUGUAAUACGACUUCAACUGCAUUAUCCACUUGUUUAUCUUGUAAUAUGAUGUGUAUGAUAUAGGGUAGUUUUAUAUACUGUGCUGUGUUGAAUAUUUCCUCGAUUAUAUUGUCACCAUAUGUAUCCAUUGCGUAAUAUAUUUUACAUGCGGAAUGAUUGCACUUAAACUUGGAUUAAGACAUAAAAUGGCAGUAUUUUUACAGUAGCACAACUUUCAUUGUUAAGUGUACAUGUGUAUAAGUAAAGCUUAUUCUUUUCACUGA